GCGCGUGAAUGUGAUGAUGCUCGAAUGUUACAUUUUAGCGCUCAGUUAGUUCAUUGUCAUUCGGUUCCCGCCACUGAUGACUGACUGAUGUAGACCAAUAACAACCACAUCUGUCACGUAGCGCUAAUAUCAGACGCUAAGAAUAUUGAUUGUGUGGAGAGUCAGGUGAACAGUCGCAGCUCGACACGUAUAGAGAAACAGCAUGAUGGGUUUACAUGAAUUCAUAUGGAUGACAGGUAUACUGAUGGCGCAGGAUCAUCCUUAACCUGUUUGCGAAGGAUUUGGGAUCGUGGCAGUACGUGAAGAUGGCGACGGGGACGGGCUGGCAGCCGCCGUACAGCGCUGCUGCGGGCAUCAAUCCUCCCGCUGCUGCCGCUGCUUCUGCUUCUGGAUCAGGCACCAGUCCAUUCUCCACAUCCAGCCAUUUACUCUACGAAUCUGCGUUGACCAUGGAAUACACUCAAGAUCUGCACCUGAAGAUGAGUAAAAAAAUAUCACAGCUCACCAAGGUCAUUUAUGCCCUCAACACGAAAAACGACGAGCACGAAGAUGCCAUCCAAUCUCUGAAGGAGGCCCACGAUGAGGAGGUUCAACACAUCCUGACAGAGGCUCGGGAGAAGAUCCUUCACUACAAGAGCAAGAUCGGGGACGAGGUUGACCUGAAACGGCGCCUGCAGUCCUUGGAGGAAUCCGUGGAGCUGCACGAACACAUGAAGCGCCAAGCGCUAGCCGAGUUCGAGAUGUACCGGCAGCGCAUGGAGGACACACAGCUGUGCACGGAGGCCCAACACACACAACGCGUGGUCUCCAUGUCACGUGAAAUGGAGGAAAUGCGGCACGAGUUCGAAGAGAAGCUGCGCUCCUUCAGUCAGGUGCAAGCCCAGUUUGAACAGGAGAAACGGCGGGCAUUGGAGGAGCUCAAGUCGGUCCACCGACAGGAAGUCCAGGAGCUACUGGAAAGCCAGCAGAACCAGAGUGCGUCCUCCAGCCUGGAACAGGAGAAACUGGCCGAGCUGCACAGUACGGAGCUGGAGUCGCUCAUGGAGCGCGUGGAGGAGCUGAUGCAGGACAAAGUCCGACUGGUGGAGGAAUACGAGGCCAAGAUGUGCAAGGCUCAAGGGUUCUAUGAACGCGAGCUGGAGGCCAUGAGGCGAACGCAGCAGCUCACCACAGAGAACUUGCUGGCCUGGAAGAGGACGGAGGUGGAACUGAGGAAGGAGUUUCAGGUGCAGGAGUCAGCUCUUCAGAGGACCCUUUGUAAACUCCGUGCUGAACUCCACAGAGCUCAGGACGAGGCACGAGAAAGCAGGGACAAGACCAACAGACUGCAGGCGUCUCUUAACAAUGCAGAAGUCACAAUUAAGGAGUUACACAAGCAGCUGGAAGAGGCCAUACAGGAUGGAGAGAUUUGGGUGAUGCAGCUGAAAGAUACAGAAUAUGAGCUGGAGGGAAGCAGAGAUCGAGUUCAGCAGCAGGCCAAUGAAAUCCUUCACAAAGCCAGUCAGAUAGGCUCUCUUCAAGCAACCCAAAUGAGCCACGAGGCCACUAUCAGGGAUCUGGGCUCCGAGCAGAACCGCCUGAAGGAGAAGAUCCUACAGCUGGAGGAGGAGAGAGAAAGACUUCAGAAACAGAUUCAAACACUGGAAGAACAACAGCAUCAGAAGAUCCUCAACUUGGAGAAGUCGCUUUGUGAGGAAAAGCAGAACUAUGAGAUGGAGCUGGCGCGAAUCAGGGCCAAAUACGAGGAGGAAACGGCCUGUCUGAAAGAAAGCCAAGCAGAAUCCUUAGAAGAACUCGAGGAGAAACACCGAGUCCAGCAGGAAAGUGCUCGCAAUGCCGCUGAGAGAGAGAAGAACCAGUUGCUCAGUGAGAUGAGACAACAGUUUGAUAUCCGGCGUCUGUCAUUGGAAGAGCAGAGAAACCACCUGCAACAGCAACUGGAGACCAUACGAGAGGAACUCACUACCAAGCUCAACAUGGCCAACCAAGAGGUGUCUCAUUUAAAGGAUCUUGUGAAGGAGAGUGAAAAAAAUCUGGAUAAUGCUGAGAACCACAUCUCAUGUCUUAAAGACAGCCAGGAAAAACUUCUCAUGGAGCUGGACGCCACCAGGGCGAGAGUGAGAGAGACGAGCAACCUGCUCACGGAUAUACAAGAGGAGAUAGAGACCCAGAAACAGCAACAUGAAGCUAGGGUCAUCGCUAUCAAAACAGAGGAAAAACAGAAAAUGGACAAAAUCACAGAGGAGCUGGAUCUCAAGUGGACCGAUGCUCUGAGGGCUGAGCUGAAGGGUCUUCGGGAAGAGCUCACAGCUGAACAUCAGGCGGAGAAACAGGUGGCCCUGACACAACUUUCCCAGCAGAGAGACCUGGAGAUGAUGGCAGCCAGGGAGAGCUGGCAGAGGAAGGUGGAGGACCUCCUGGAACAGGUAACGGAAGGUCACAGAGGUGACAAUUGCCAUUUAUACCUUACUGUACAUGUCUGUUUCCUUUACUCUCUGGAUUUGUCACCCCUGCAUUAUCACCCCACACUGAGAAUCUCCACUCUGCAUGACAUCCAUAUGGAGCUUGAGGAGCGUCUAAAACAGGAACAGAGAGAGGAGUUACACGCUUUGAGAGAUGCCCACAGACAGACCCUGGAAAUCCUUCGGCAGCAUUCGGACCAGGAGCUGCAGACGCUGCGCUUUGAGCUGGAGGAUGAGGGCAAAGCCAUGCUGGAUCUCCUAGGGCGUAUAUCUGACCUGAGGCAUGAGGUGAGCUGCAGGAAGAACCGGAUCGCCAAUCUGGACCAUGAAAUGCAUUCGCUCAAUGAGACCAUCAGCACCUUGACCAAGGAGUUGGAGCUCAAAGUGAAAGAGGUUCUGAGGGUGCGCAGUGAGGCCAAUCUGCAGAUCAGGGCUCAUGAACAGGAUCUCUCUAAGCGCCUGGAGAGGGAGAUUGAUGAGCUGAACGCUUCUCAUAACAGAGAGACCCAGAUCAUGCUGUCAGAUUUUAACAAAGCUCAGGAGCUGCUAAAAGACAAGAUCUCUGCUCUGCAGAUUCUGUUGGAAGGUACGGAGGAGAAGUUCAGGAAUAGAGAAAGCCGACCAGAGGACCUCCAGGUGAUAGCUGAGCUCAGAGAAAUGGUGUCCGAGAGAGAAACUCUGGUCAAGAAGCUUGUGGAUGACAAGAAGUUUUAUCAACUGGAGCUGGUGAAUCGAGAGCCUGGAUUCAACAAGGUGUUCAACACCAAUCCCAAUGUUGGUGUCAUAAACCCCCUUAUAAAGGUUAGAGAGACACAGCCACACUGAUCAAAGAGUACCUCUGAAGUCCACAUAAAUUGGAUUUGAUCUGAUCGUAAAAAAAAAAAGCACAAACCAUAAACCUUUUUAAAAGCACUCCAUCCCUACAGUUCAU